CAUAUUGCGUGUACGAACGAAACGUGUUUGACCGAGCAAAAUCAGAUUCCACUAUAUUAUCGCUCCAAUCAAAACCUUGUUCAUUGGAAUUAUUAAAAAGGUUCAGUCAUCUACAUCCAAUAACGUACGUGCCCAGUUAUAAACAAAAAAAUCGAUACAAUACUCCCCGACGACACUGUUAAUAGUUUUCUUAUCAAGUGAAUGAUACGUUUCUGCAAACUACUAAAGAGGAAAUUUUUGGAAUUUUAAGUGCAGUGAUCGAUCGUAAUAUCUGUUAUCGCUUGAUAGUGCGGACACAUAAGAAAAAGGAACGGUGAGAUCAACAACAGACACUUAGAAACAGUCGUUCGAAUUAUGUGAUUUUUAAAUCUGUGUAUAUACGAUUAUACUUACAAUGAUUAGUCAAGCAUACGUUGCUGCUGCCGCUGGUAACAUAAUUUCAUUUGUUACUGGAACCUCUUUGUCAUGGUCGUCACCCAUCCUUCCUAAGUUGAACGUUACAGACGUAGACGAUAUCCCUUUCGGUCGACAAAUCACCGCUGAAGAAAACUCAUGGAUUGGUUCUUUGUUAUCACUAGGAGCAGUGUUCGGUCCUUUCAUUUAUGGAUACCUAGCUGAUAAAAUCGGUCGCAAGUUUACUCUAAUGUCAAUAGGAAUACCCUUCUUGGUGGCUUAUCUCAUGCUAGCCUUUUCCGAAAUCGUCGAACUUUACUAUGUGGCAAGAAUCAUCAUUGGAGUAGCUAUAGGAGGAGUGUUCACCGUCAUACCUAUGUACACAGGAGAGAUAGCCGAAGACUCAAACCGCGGUGCUUUGGGUUCAGUCAUGAACGUUUUGCUCACGUUUGGACUCCUUUUCUCAUACAGCGUUGGCGCCUACGCCCCCAUGGUGGCCUACAACGUCAUUCUAGCAGUAGUCCCUGGAGCCUUCAUGGUCUUAUUCUUCUUCGUGGCACCAGAAACCCCACACUACCUGGUCGCCAAAGGCGACCUAGACGCCGCAUCUCAAUGUCUACGCAAACUCAGAGGAUCCGACAAAAUCGACGACGAACUAGACGAUAUUAAAACCCAAAUCGAACAAUCCAAAGAAGGCUCAAUCACCGACCUCUUCAAAUCCAAAGGUUUAAUCAAAGCCUUGAUCAUAACCCUGGCUUUAGUAGGCUUCCAGCAACUCUCAGGCAUCAACGCUGUUUUGUUCUACGCCCAAAUUAUUUUCAACGCUUCGGGUGGAGGCAUCCCGUCGGAAGUGUCCAGUAUUAUCAUCGGAGCGGUUCUUUUCGGGACGAGUUUCGUCACUCCGUUGUUCGUCGACAAACUAGGGAGGAAAAUCUUGUUUUAUUUCUCCGCUGUGGGGAUGGUCAUAUCGGAGGUACCUCUAGGGUUGUACUUUUACCUCAAAGACGACGGUAGCAAUGUCGAUGAUAUAUCGUGGUUGCCGGUCGUGUCACUGAUAGUUUAUAUUAUUACCUACAACUGUGCUUUCGGACCUCUACCAUGGGCUGUUAUGAGUGAGCUUUUCCCAUCGAACGUCAAAUCGACGGCUUCUUCCAUCACGUCGGCGUUCUGCUGGUUUAUAAGUUUUCUUAUAACUAAGUUCUUUUCGCAAAUUGUUGAUGGGAUUGGAAUGGGACCGUCGUUUUGGAUGUUUGCGGGAUUCUGUGUUCUUGCGUUCUUCUUCACGUUGUUUGUGGUUAUUGAAACGAAGGGGAAAAGUUUUGAGGAGAUUCAGGAGAUCUUAGGAUCGUGAUGUGGUGUAGUUCCGUUUUUAGGAAAUUGUGUAAUUUAUUGUGUAUAUAGUUAUUUAUGUACUGUAAUAAAGGAUAUUUUUUUA